AUGUCGGAGUACCAGAUAUCGAGCGUGUACUUCUCGCGGAGGAACAAGCUGCUGCUGCUGAUAUGCGUCUUCUUCUUCUCCUGCUCGACGCACGUGUUCAAAAAUGUGUUUCCCUUCCUCUUUAUGCUGACGGGGGUGCGCAACGAGAUUGACCUUGACAAUGUGGCCAAUCAAGCGGGGCGGUUCCCCUCGAGGGGGGGUCCACUCGGCGGUGCGGCGAAGGGGGGAGGGAUACAGACUGAUCUGUUUGGGCAAUCCGCAGCGUAUUCCUUGGGGAGAACCCCCCCCACGAUUGUCUCCGAGGAAGCCACGCAUAGCAGCACCUACCUAGAAACGAAGGGUCGCAAUAGCCAGUCGAUCUACCUAUACAGCAACAUCCUGACGCUGAUCUACUGCAGCUCCCUAGUGACCUACAUCUUCAUCCUGGUGUACGAUUUGGGAAAAAAAAAUUACGUAAUUAACAGUUUUUAUAUCAUCAAUUUGGUCGCUCACUUUACCAUUUUUCUUCUCCUCAGCGACAUUCAAAUGAGGAACACAGAUUUGAGAGAAGUGAUGAGCUGGAGGGAUGGGAGUUUGUCUAGGGAUGCCAUGCCUCUGUUUGGGAGGUACCCCGCAGAGGAUAUGCUCGCAAAGAGGAGGGACAUCAAUUUUUACUUCAAGAGGAACCUGCGGGAUAGGCUGGACGCGGGGGAGUUCCUCAGCGUGGGCCUGUUCCAGAGGAGCGCCCUGGAGUUUGUCCUGGGGGGUGUGGAAGCGGGGGGAAGAUUCGAAGCGGGGGAAGACAAAACGAGCAGCGACAUGGGCAAGGAUAACCGCGAUGGAGAGCAGCGCAACAGCGACAUGGGCAAGGAUAACCGCGAUGGAGAGCAGCGCAACAGCGACAUGGGCAAGGAUAACCGCGAUGGAGAGCAGCGCAACAGCGACGUGGGCAAGGAUAACCGCGACACGGGCAGGGAUAACCGCUCCCGGGAGGAGGCGUACACGUACGAGAGGAAGCACCUGAAGUUCCUGUACCUGUGCAUCAUCAUCAGCUCCAUCUGCAGCGGGUACAUAAAGAUUUACCAAAAGAGAAUUAUGUACUGCAUUUUCUACGUCAACAUAGGGGUCAUCACCUCGCUGCUGAUCCUGAUGAACAGCCUCUUCAAACUCUUCGCCCACUCCCUCAACUACGUAGUCACGAACAAUAACUCCAUCACAGAUAUCAGCGACUACAUCAUUCUCUUCCUAGUAAUUGACAUGUUUGGCUUGCUAACGAUUUUGAUUUUUACAUACAAAUGGUUUUACCAGAGGAAGCUGUGGGUCAAUCUGCACACCAUUUUUUAUAAUUACAAAUACGUUUGCUUUUACCAUAAGGAGACCUACUACCUCUAUUCUGUGGACAAACAGAUCGACAGCAUUUUGGUUCAUAUCGACAUGUGUGGGGAUGAGAAUAUUAAAAUUAGUUUUUGCGCCUACAUGAAUUUGAACAAGUCGAUUUUUUACGACUACCUUCGCCUGAACACGUUCAGGAAGAACAAGCUGCGCAUUUUGGAGAUUGCGGACCAGAGCCUCCACGUCACCAGCACGUACAAGGCGGUAGAGCGGCCCCACGGGGGGAGCGGCGAGCACGGCGAGCGGGGUGAAGUGGACCAACGUGGCCAACGUGAUGAGGGGGGCGAAGUGGACCAACAUGGUGAGCGUGGCGAGGGGGGCACCCCAUCCUUUGGCCGGAAACAAAAGCACAGCUACACCAUGAAGCCGUACAAAAUCUGCAUAGAGUCGCUGAGCAGCCUGGCCAACGUCGGCCCGGACGAGCAGUUAGCGGAGGGGCAGUUGCGCGGUGAGGAAGCUCAGGGACAGCCUCAGAUGUACGCCCCUGAUAGGGACGAGGGAAACGAGCAGAAGGGGAGGGGCGCGAAGAUCCCCAGCUGCGUGAAGAAGCAGGGGAGGAGGCUGGCCAAGGGGGACUCGGUGCACUUUCAGGACCAGCCGGGGGGGGAACCGAAAGAGCUGAAAGGAGUGAAAGGAGCGAAAGGAGCAGACGAGGGGGUAGAAGCAGAUGAAGAGGACGUCGCAAAUGGAGAGAACGCCGCUAACGAAGAGGACGUCGCAAAUGGAGAGAACGCCGCUAACGAAGAGGACGUCGCAAAUGGAGAGAACGCCGCUAACGAAGAGGACGUCGCAAAUGGAGAGAACGCCGCUAACGAAGAGGACGCCGCCAACGAAGAGAGCGCCGCCAACUAUGCGAUGCUCGGCGGGGAAGAACGCGUGGACGCCCGGGAGGGGGAAGAACAAAAGAGGAACGUUCUGCUAAUCCCCAACUACGAUGAUGAGUGCAGCCGAAAUGCAGACUACUACGACGAUUGGGAGCUGUCUGACGAGAGGGACGACGGGGACGACGCGGGAACUUCCUUCCUCAGCAGAGCAGACGAAAGGAACAGCCAAGUGGGAAACAAACUUUUGAGCAUCUACCAGGGGAUAAACAAAUUCUGCUCCUCCUUCACAUUUUAUUUUUUCUUUUUCAUUUUUAUUUACGCCUUCUUGCUAUCCAUCAUGCACAUUUUCAUAAAUUAUUUUUUUUACAUUUACCUCUUCGUAUUUAACAUUAACAUUUAUGUGUCUAAUGUGUAUACCAUCAUCAUGACGUUCGUUUCGCUUAUUGCCAUCCCCUUUUCCGGCUACAUCGUGGACAACAUAGGGUCGUUUUUGUCCCUCCUGCUGUGCUCCUCGUCCUUCAUCUUGGUGGCCAUUUCGGGCUCCAUAUACUGCUACAAGCUUAACCAGAAUUCGGAAGCCCUCGCCUUUCUCUUCUUCAACCUCAUAGGCAUCAGCGAGUCCAUCAUCCCCACGGUUAUCAUUUCGCAGAUCCCCACUCACCUGUGCGUGAAGAACAACGAAAGCAUCACGUCCGCCUUUGCCAUUUUCGAGCUAGUCACGAUGAUAAUCAUAAGUUUGAACAACUACGUUUUUGGUUGUUUUUUAAUUAAAGAAGAGUACCUAAAGGGUUUGUACGUACUGUUUUUUUUCGUCAUCCUGGUGAUCGUCCUUAUCCUUUUGUUAAUUGUCACCAUUUACCUCAAGAAGAAGCGGAGCGCGCGCGCGUACAAGAGCCCACGGAACGCCGACCUCGCGCAGCCUCUCCUGUGA